AUGGCAGAAUACCAAGAGUGUGGUGGUGGUGGUUUUAUUGGUAGAGGGAUGAAUAGUCGGGUCGGCGGAUCGAUCGUAGAGAAAGAAGGGGAGUAUGAGAGGAAAGGAGAGGAGAGGAGAGGAGGGGAAGUUUCUUUUGAUUUCCUUUACAUCUUACAUCGCAUUGGUGGAUGGGAGGGAUGGAGGAAGGUGGAGGAUUUGAAGAAAAAAAUAAAUAAGGGGGGGAAACGUUGUAUGAUAAUUGCUCCUUCUCCUGCUACUGCUGCUAGCGAGGAAUGA